AUGAAUGUCCAAGAAAAGAAGGAAUUCAAACGGGAAUAUGAAGAAGCUAUUCAGGAACACCGUGCAGAGCUCCAUCUGUCGGAAUCUCAAGGAGAUAUUAUUGGUUCUGCCAUUGCUAAUCGGAAAAUUGGAGAAUGUUACAGUGAACUCAACAAAUAUGAUAUAGCGUUGAAAUAUCAAAAUAAACAUUUAGAACUGGCACAAUCGGUGAAUAAUCAUGUUGAAGAACAAAGAGCAUUGGCUACGAUUGGACGUACCUAUUUAUGCAAAUCUGAUGCAGUGAUAGACAGCUCCAAGUCACAGCAAGCGUUACAGAAAGCACAAGAAUCAUUUAUCAAGAGCUUGGACGUCUGCGAUAAACUGAAAAAUACCGUAUCAGAGAAGGAAUUACAAGAAAUGAGAGCCAGGUUGUUUUUAAAUUUAGGAUUAGUAUUUGACAAUCAGCAGGAUCAGAAGAAUUGUAUCAAAUUUAUUAGACAGUCUAUAUAUAUAGCAGAGAAACACAAACUACAUGAAGAUUUAUUCAGAUCCCAUUUCUCAUUGGGUAGUAUUUAUCAGAAAUAUGACAGCAAUGACAAAUCGCUACGAUGUCUGGAGGCAGCAAUUAAAUGUGCCAAAAAUAUGAAAGAUAAAUACUUGGAAAGUGAUGCUUUGGGUUGCUGUGCGUUGUUGAAGUGUGCCAUGGCUUUGGGUAAACCCAAUACGGAAUUGAUACCAAUCUACAUAUCACUAGCUGCUACCUAUCAAGACAACAAAGAUCACAGUAAGGCCAUUGAAUGUUAUAGAAAAGAAUUAGAAUUGAGACACGAUAAUCCUAAAGAGAGUGUUAAAACUUGGUUGAACAUAGCCUUGUCCCAAGAAGAAUGUCAACAUGAAUAUCACACAUUAUAUCAGUCCUAUAAAGAAGCUAUGAAUUGUGCAGAGAGAGCGAAUGUCCCAAAGUUGCAGCUAAGGACUUUGAAAUCUCUGUGUCUCGUUCAAGAAAAGUUUAAACAAAUUGAAAUGAGAGAGGCAACUCUAGAAAAACUAUCGGUUGUAAAAGAACAGUAUAACUUGGAUUCUGAUGAUGAUUUAAGUGGUGUUGAUGACACAGAAACUCAAGAAAGCAGUGAGAAUGUAGAAAGUGAAGAUUUAGAAUUAUCAGAUUCAGACGAUUCUGAUACAGAUGAAUAUGGACUGCGAAAAGGAAAAGAUGUGUGGAAUAAACGUAAUGAGAAAGGAGAGACACCUUUGCACAGGGCAGCUAUUGAUGGUAAUUUUAACAUGGUGAUAAAAUUAGUAGAACAGGGUCAUCCAGUGAAUUGUCGUGAUUAUUGCGGUUGGUUACCGCUACACGAAGCAUGUAAUUUUGGAUACUGUGAAAUCGUUUGCUAUCUCUUAGACCAUGGUGCAUAUAUUAACGAUCGUGGCGGUGAAGGUUGCCAAGGUGUUACACCGCUACAUGAUGCAAUCAACUGUGGCAAUAUGGAUGUUGCUAAAUUACUCAUUGAAAAAGGAGCAAAUGUUUUGGCUAAAGAUGAUGAAGGUAACACACCAUCUGAUACCUUAAUAAAAUGGAAAGAGAUGUACCAGGCUGAUAUAGAUGCAGAAACCCAAAAUGAAUGCAGGGAAAUCAUGUCGUUAUUAAAAAACCCACCGCGUAAAGGAAAUACAGAUAAAUUUGUGAAGAAUAGAAGUCUUGAAAAUCUUGAAUUAUAUGAUAAUGGACAAAAUAAUAGUGUGCCAUCACCAAAGUCUUCAAGACAAGUUCAUGAGAGCUGUAACAUUGAACAGAGGAAAACUCCUUCUAAUAGGGACAGGGAAGUUAUAGUUGCCAGGCGACGUAAUGUGAUUGAUCUUGAUGAUGAAGACAGUGGGGAUGAUGAAUCAAGUGUUUUAUUUGAUGAUGCUAGUCAGAAUGACGUAACAAUGGUGUCUCCACGGUCACCAACACCACCGCCACCUUUUGGAGAUGAAACUCCUCAGUUAGACUCCAUGGAAACCGGUGAUGAAGAUUGGAAUCAAAAUGAAUUUGAUGAUAUGUAUGAUAACCCUUUAUUAGCUGAUCUAGAAGACUUUACUGAAUCGAGUAGUGCGACAGAUGUCUAUCAAGAUGCAAUAAACAAACUGGGCAGUGCUAUUAAUAGAACGUCAUCACAGAGACCGCAACAGAGAACAAGCACCCAGCAAACUCCAGCUUUGGUUCCUGAGGAAAACUACAUAGCAGAUGACUGGUUAAUUGAUGACGUCGCACAUCGGCCUGCAAAGAGAAAACGAUUUGGUAUUGAGUCAGCUUUCAAAACUCUUGGCUCGUCGCAAGAUAGGACUACAUCGGGUAACAGACCUAAAAAUUCACUGACAGUUGGAAACCGUUUAUCAGUAAAACACAAAGCAAAGCGUUCUAAACAAAUGAAAUUAACCAACAUGGCUGUAAGUACAACAAGGCGUGCACACAAUGACGUUUCACCUUCACCAAGUGAUGAUAAUGAUGAUGUCAUCAUUGAAAGCCAAUCAAAUGACAGAUUGCCUGAAAUGCCACACACUGUGAGUAAUAACACCGUGACUAAUCCUGUAGGUGCACCAAUGAGAGUCAGGGUUAAAGUUCAAGAUAAAACUUUCCUUAUACCAGUACCCUCAAGAGAUAAAGCAAUAAGUUGGUUAACGGAACAGUCUGCUCAGAGAUAUUAUAAUUCUACCGGAUUGAGACCUAAUUUGGUUUUAGUCACUGCAGAAGGUGCUUUGUUUUCACCCGAAGACACUGUAAUGGAUGUAGUUUCUUUAAAUGAAGAGAUAGUUGCUAAUAUACAGUCAUGGGAUUUACAGCCAUUACCAGAUAGAUAUACAAAGGCAUGUGAAGCUGUCAACAAAGCUGAACACAAGCAAAUCCAAGACAUUCUGAGCUCCCAGCACAUUAGUCCACAGUUGAAUUUCAAGGAUCUUUCACUGACAACGGAACAAGUUAUACCUCUCUUCAGAUCACUCCAAAGACAGUACUCUAUCAAGCAGCUCUUGUUUCCUGGCAACAACAUCACUGAUGCUGCUCUAGAUAGCUUUGUUAGAGCUAUUGUUACUGUGCCUAACCUGAGUGUAUUGGACUUAUCAUGUAAUGCAAUUACCCAUAAAGGAUUGCAAAUUAUAGCAGAUAGUCUGGAAUCAAGUGGUAAUGUUGCUACUGGGGAUAAUAAACCGUUUCAGAUGUUAGAAGUACUUGAUUUGAGUUAUAACCACCUGUCAGAUUGUUGUACACAGCCAUUAUCCUCCAUUAUAAAACACUGCCCAUCUUUGAUGUCAUUGAAUCUCACAUCAUGUGAUCUCACAGUCAAGUUCUUUCAACUUUACAGAAGAAAUUUACAAGACGCCCUGAAAGGUGCAGCUCACUUGCAAAGUAUAUCAGUAUCCCACAAUGCACUAGGACCAACUGGGAUAGAAUUAUUGUUAAAAAGCAUAUCAUGUGACGUGACAGAUUGUAUUUUACAAAAUCUCAAUCUCAGUGGAUGCUUUUUAACUAAUGAAGACUUGAUGGAAGUCACAACUUCUUUUUCCACAAAUGAAAGCCUGGUGUCACUACACUUGUCAGGUAACAGUAAAGUCAGCAAUUAUGGCGUACAGAAUCUAUUGGAAAAUAUCCAGGACUCAUUCGGUUCUCUUGAAGAAUUGGACCUGUCUGGCUGUGGCCUUUCAUCGCCAUUAGGUACACUCUUAUUGGAGGCUUUCAGUAAGAAGAAAAAUGACAAACCAUUAUUAAAACAGUUGAGAAUGCCAAUGAAUGGAAUCUCUGAGAACGAUAAACAGAAUCUUAUUGAUCUUUGGAAGAGCCAUCACCAUGGCAAUGCUGCAUGGUUUUUUGACAGUAUAAGAUGUGUGUUUUAUACUACUAAAGAUUUAUAUAAAAAAAAUAUUUGA